CUUCUAACAUUAGCCUUCGCAAUUAGUGUUUAUCUAACUCUAUAGAACAAUAAUGUUUUUCUACAUUAGCUUAGUGUUCUUGACUUUCCUAUUUUUUUAUUACUACUUAAAAUAUACUUAUAAUUACUGGAAAAGUCAAGGGAUUCCCACGCCUGAAAGAUGUCUACCCUUAAUUGGCAACAUGUGGAAAGUCGUUUCAUUGCAAGAAAGUUUCAGUGCCUUGUGUGAAAGAUUAUACAAAAAUGAAUCGAGUCACAGCAUGCUCGGAAUCUACCAAAUCAGAACACCAAUUCUCGUGAUUCGUGAUGCAGAUCUCGUGAAAAAAGUGAUGCUCACCGAUUUCAAUUCCUUCAGAAAUAACGCGAUUAAUCUUCACCAAGAACUGGAUCCACUCUUCAUCAAGAAUCCUUUUUAUUCCGGGAUUGAAACAUGGAAGGAAAACAGAAUAGCUUUGACAAAUGGUUUCUCUCCAAGGAAAUUGCAGGCAAUGUUUUCCCUCAUUCGAGAAGUUUCCUCGAAGUUCCAAAAAUACCUAGACAAAAGUUUAUCAAAAAAUGAUCAGGUGGAAUUUGAAUUAAAUGAGCUAUUUACAAAAUAUACAAGUGAACUCGUCAUGACAGUGGGUCUAGGGAUUGAAGGCUACUGUUUUGAUGAAAAGUCGAUGACCUUUGGCAAAAUCGUCACAUCCGUUUUUGGGGAUUCUGCCCUUAGGGGUAACUUUUCCCAAGUGAUACUCUUCUUUUUCCCUCAUAUUGCAAAACUGAUGAAGGUGGGGGUGGUGUCAAAAGAAAUGGAAGUAUUUCUCCGAAAACUUGUGAGGGAUGUUAUCAACUCUGAAGGAAAAGACACCAACACUCGAAAUGAUUUUAUGCACAUUAUGCUGGAAGCUGAGAAAGACGGCAUUGACCAAGAAACAAAUUUGACAGUUCACUUUUUAUCAUUCAUGAUAGAUGUUUAUGAGAGUGUGGGAAACACUUUGAGUUUUUUGGGAUACCAACUUGCUCUUCGUCCCGAAAUACAAGAAAAGGCCAGAGAUGAAAUUAAGUCGGUGUUGAUGAACUGCAAUGGUGAAUUAACAGUUGAGGCCUGUAAGGAUUUGAAUUAUUUGGAACAAGUUAUAAACGAAUCGAUAAGGUUUUUUCCGGACACUGGUACUUUUAGAAAAAUUUGCACUUACGAAACUCAACUUGUGGGGUAUGAUGGUCUCUCUUGUCUAGUUAAGCCUGGACAUGUAAUUGCAAUUUCUGCUCAUGGACUUCAUAAGGAUCCUAAAUAUUGGCCUGAUCCUGAGCAAUUUGAUCCGGAUAGAUUCAGUGAAGAGAGGAAGCAUGAUCUACACAAAUUUGCGUUUUUGCCGUUCGGGGCCGGCCCUAGAAUGUGCGUCGGAAUGAGGCUCGCAAUGUUGAUGAUGAAGAUGGCGAUGACUACGAUUUUGAGGAACUAUUCUCUAGAAAUUUCUCCGAAAACCAAACUUCCUUUGAAAAGAGACCUUACGAAAUAUUUAACCAAUGCGAAAGGUGGGAUUUGGGUUUUUGUGAAACCAUUAGAGAAAAAGUUUUGAAGCAUGUUUAAUUUUCAUUUUUUGUAAAAAAUGUGUAUAAAAUUUUAUAAAUUAUUGAUAAAUGAGCUAUUUGAUUUACAUUUACAUAUUUCUGUACCUUUUAUUUGGCUAAAAACUUUCUUUAAUUCAUGUGUUAGCAUUUUCACUGCCAUCUUGGAAUUUGAUAGAAAUUAAGGGCCAGCUUUGUAAUACAUAGUGCCGUCAAAUUUGAGCCAGAAUUUAAAACAAAAACUUUUUAUCGCUAAACUAUUAUUUUUGAUUAAAAUAAUGGUCCCAGAUAGCAUAAAAACGUACAAGAACCUGCCGUAAACCAAAAUUUAGUUUUGUGAACCAUUUUCGCUUUCAAGUUUGAAUGCGCAACUGCUGUUUCUCGCGCUUCGUGCUCAAUGAUACAUUCAACUCGCGCUUUGUAUUUACCAUACAUUUGUGCGCAAUCCUUUCAAAAUUAAAGGUCAAACCAUCGAACACUUUCAUUUGGUGAUUGUGAAUUCUCCUUUGUUAAAGCUCCUUCGGAUUUAACGAGCACAUUCUCAUC